CCGCGCGCUAAAGUUGUCCACUUCAACUGCUCCCAACCCCUUAGCAGACUUUGUCAUCCAAAACUAUCAGAGCUUUUAAGAAAACACUGCAAAGAAUUAAGUAACCUUUGUUCACUCGAGAGCAUUUGGAGAACCCCCUCCUUGGCGCGCGCUGCAUCUUGUUCCUAGUUGUUUCACGCAUGCCCCCCUCCGCACGAGAAGACAGAAGUAUUUCUCUUUUUGUAUUUUUCCCCCCAAUUUUUUAUGAGGUCUCACAUCUCCGCAAAGGUGUGGUUGGAUAACAUUUUUUAUGUUCCCCUUUUUAAAAAAAGAAGGACUCCAGAACAAUUUUAGUCAAGGAAACAUUCACCAAGUCUGGACUUGCUUGAGCAGAUUAAACACCAGCCGUAUUGUGCCUCGUCAGAUAUUAAAAGUAGAAUGUCAUCUUUACCGGGAACAGUACCACGAAUGAUGCGACCGGCUCCUGGACAAAACUAUCACCGCACUGGAUUUCCCCUGGAAGUUUCAACUCCUCUGGGUCAAGGUCGGGUGAAUCAACUUGGCGGAGUAUUCAUCAAUGGCAGACCUUUGCCAAAUCAUAUCCGCCACAAAAUAGUUGAGAUGGCUCACCACGGCAUCCGUCCCUGCGUGAUCUCCCGACAGCUUCGCGUUUCCCACGGUUGUGUGUCCAAAAUCCUUUGCCGGUAUCAAGAAACUGGCUCGAUCCGUCCUGGAGCAAUAGGAGGAAGUAAACCUAGACAGGUGGCAACACCCGACGUGGAAAAGCGAAUAGAGGAAUAUAAGCGCGAAAAUCCUGGUAUGUUCAGUUGGGAGAUUCGGGACAAACUUUUGAAAGACGGUGUGUGUGACAGAAGUACAGUUCCCUCAGGUGAGCCCUCAACUGUAAGUUCUAUUAGUCGGGUUCUCCGCGCGCGGUUUGGCAAGAAAGACGACGAGGACGAUUGCGACAAAAAAGAUGACAGUGGGGAGAAAAAAACUAAACACAGCAUUGACGGCAUACUGGGAGACAAAGGUCGAAUUGAUGACGGCUCCGAUGUGGAGUCUGAACCAGACCUGCCCCUGAAGAGAAAGCAGAGGCGCAGUCGGACCACCUUCACAGCUGAACAGCUAGAGGAGCUGGAGAAGGCCUUUGAGAGGACACACUACCCAGAUAUCUACACCAGAGAGGAGCUGGCCCAGAGAACUAAGCUUACUGAGGCCAGAGUACAGGUAUGGUUCAGCAAUCGACGAGCCAGGUGGCGUAAACAAGCUGGAGCUAAUCAACUGGCCGCAUUUAACCACCUGUUACCUGGUGGGUUCCCACCCACAGGGAUGCCCACUCUAUCAACAUAUCAGCUUCCUGAGUCCACCUACCCAUCAACAACAUUACAACAAGAUGGCUGUGGCACAGUGCACCGGCCACAGCCCUUGCCCCCUUCUACAAUGCAUCAGGGAGGGCUCUCCAGUGACAGCAGCUCUGCCUAUGGCCUCUCAUCCAAUCGCCACAGUUUCACCAGCUACACUGACACCUUUAUGAGCCAAUCAGCAACCAGCAAUCACAUGAAUCCCGUGAGCAAUGGGCUCUCUCCACAGGUGAUGAGCAUCCUUAGCAACCCCAGUGCUGUGGCCUCUCAACCCCAGCAUGAGUUCUCCAUUUCCCCCCUGCACAGCAGCCUGGAUGUCUCCAACCCCAUCUCAGCCAGCUGCAGCCAGCGCUCCGAGCCUAUCAAGACUGCCGACAGCCUCCCCUCCUCCCAGUCCUACUGCCACCCUACGUACAGCACCACCAGCUACAGUGUGGACCCUGUCACUGCAGGAUACCAAUACAGUCAAUACGGCCAGACUGCGGUGGAUUACCUGGCCAAGAAUGUGAGCUUGUCCACACAGAGAAGGAUGAAGCUGGGAGAUCACUCAGCUGUGCUCGGACUGCUGCAGGUGGAGACGGGACAGGCCUAUUGAUGGAGCUCUAACUGAACAUCCACUCAUUUGUUUCACCAGCAUCCCUCCAUCUUUCUGCAGUGCCCACUUAUGGCCGAUCUGACUGAGAGUGUACACGACCAAGAGAAAUCACAGGCAGUCUUAGACUCUUUACCUAUGACAGCAUGAAUACAAAAGCCAUUCCACAAAAAAAUUGACAUUGUUGUGCCCCAUCUCCUUCCUCAUCCAGAUCCUUUCACUCUUUCACAACAAAGAGACCCUUUCAGGGCUUCAUAAAGCCAGGGAACAUGAGCAUCGAUUGUCUGAGUACAAAUCACGAAAGCCCUGCCCAACAGCAUCCAAUGAUACCACACAUAGGCAACAUUUGUAGCCACUUGACCAUUCCAAACUAUUUGGACCAUGUUGUUUAUAGGACUGAAAAUUAUGGUAUUAUAAUUAUAUAUGUUAUUAUAAAUGUGGUUGUUCCUAUUGCUGUUGCAUUUACUAUUGUAAUUACUCUUUGUUUACAUGUUACAUUUUUAUUUUUUCUCAUGUUUAGUUUAUGUUUCUAUCUUAACCACAUGGCCUUGCUUUGUAACAUUUUUGAUGGAGAUACAGUACAUGGAAAGACACUAAUAGCUUUGCAGGCUCUUUGCAUAGCUGCAGUGCAUGUGAUUUGCUCAUUUUAGAAGCUUGAUAUUCCAAAAGAUCUGGGCUAGUCAGUGGGGCUUCUGGAUUGGUGGAAUAUGAGAAUGACCAAUGAAGGCUCAAAUCUCAGCCAUUAUCCUCACUUUUUUCUGAUGUGUAAGCCCCUGGAAAUCAUAAUGGCAAUUUAGAAUAACAUGUUAUAGAUUGGUCAGGGCAACAGCCUGCGAACUGCCCUAAGCAUUCAAGGGUAAAUUAUCAGUGUUAUUUAUGAUCAUUCUGUCUUAAAAAAAAAAAAAAAAGCAUACAUUAUUCUAGUAUGAUGACCAAAUCACAAAAAUAUGUCCUAUCUAUUCUAGUAUGAAUGCACACAGACUAAUUGUCCUCUGUUGUCACUAUAAUUACCAUUAAUCUCUCUAAUUAAAUUAAAUUGUCAAGAGCCCUUAAGGGAAGCCAUUUCAACAUUUUAUGGAAUUCUAAGGCUUUUUAUAUACUUUCCCUUAUGCUUCUUGGCUAUUCAUGUCAAGUGUUGUCAAAGUAUUGAAAUGCAAUGACAUAAAAAAACAAAAAAACAACUGUGAAAAGCAAUCUGCAAACACACAUUUCAGCUUAUAGAGAUGAUGUUCUUAAAUGGUAGCACUUCUUAUUGAUGGGGAUCUUUAUUUGUCUCUGUGGUCAAUGUACUCUAGUGAAUUGAACUGUAGAAUGGGGAUCAAAUGUUUUUUAGGACAUACAGUUCGUAGAGAGAAAUGAAAUCAUGGGACUUUUUGAAGUCUUAAUGUAUUUCCUAUUGUUACAUUUAAAUUAAUUAUGUUUUGAGGAAAAGCAGCACAGCCAUUUUGACCACAUUUUGAGAUAUAUAUGACCACAUUUAUAGCUUUUUGUGUUUACAAGUUGUUUGCAACCAUUGCUGCGUUUUCUUAACCUAAGAGGUGAUGAUUGACAAUUUAUGUGACAAAGAUGAACUGUCACUGGAGGUGCCCUAAGAUGCCAUAUAGUCAGGACAAUUACUGAAAAAAAAAAAAAAACACAUGACCAUGUGCCAACUUAAGACUGAGGACAUUUCCAUUUUAACACUUAAAACAUUUUGUAGUAAAUAAAAAAGACAAAAAAGAAAAGUGAAAAAAUUUCUUUUUAGUGUAUAGCACUCAUUUCUAAUGCAAGCAUUAAUCCACCUUUGGGAUAUUUAAAGCACUCGGUGAUACACCUUUUCCAAAUAUCUUUCCAACCUCAGUCGCUCUUUAUUCUUUCAUUGUUUACCUUUUUUUGCAUAUAUGUAAUUUCUUUUGAUAUAUUUCUGUUUCAGCAUGUGUGUAUAUUAUCAUGGCAUAAUUUAUUCAGCUGUAUGAAAUACUAGCAUAGUGGGAAUUUGUCUCGGCAUUUACUACCUUCAGCCUGUUGGUGUCUUUACUGUAGCACUGGCAUAUCUGUUAUGGAUUAAAGCUUAAA